AAAAAAGAAAAAAAAAUAUUUGUCUGAAUAUUAACCUAUUAAGUCAAUAUGUAUGCUGACAAAAAGUCAAUGUGUAUAAGUCAGUCAUACUGACAAUUAUGGAUAUAUAAUGUGGUAAAUCUUUAUAAAAAUAAAUUUGUAACGGCAUUGUAAAAUAAUGCUAUAGUAUUACUUAUACAAAUUCUUGGGGAUGGAGCGUUCAGUCACUAGAAAAUCUUCAAACAUAACACAUUUUUUGACCGAAAAAAAACCUAACACAUCCUCAAAAUUAAUUAUUACUCCUUAAAGAUUAGCCAAGAGAUCAUUUAAUAUGUAUCAAGAGUUUUAGAUAGUUUGGCAGGUACAGUAGAGUAUUAAACGUGAUUAUGAGCGCCAUUAAUAUUAGAUUCAUGCCUUUAAUCAUCAAGAGUAGUUAAAUCAAUUAAGAUUAAUUGAACUCCAAGACUUAAGUUGAAUGAUGAUACGAGAGGUGCAAGUAAAUAAAAAAGAGAGUGAUGGUAUGAUGUUGUCGGUCCAUAAAUGAUGGAACCUCAAAGUCAUUCAAUCUCUUUAGGGCUUGCCCUACAAGCUAACCCAACCCUCUGUGGACCUGACAAUUUUCGACUAUACCAUUGAUCCAUUUGAUAGACUAGUACUUCCUUCUUUGAGAAGACGUUGACUCGGACUACUGUUUUAGGUAAGGUACGUAUCACUACGUAAAUUGUUUCUUCUUUUCAUUUUCUGUUUGCUUAUGGUAAAAAGCGACUAUUUCGUAUUUACCAUGCAAUCUUGUAUUCUAGUAUAUAAAAAGUAAUAUUUUAUGAUUUGUGGUAACAUCAUAGCUAAGACUAAGCCAUUCUGCAACAUUCUUUUCGCACUUCUAUUAUCAACUAUAAGUGUUUUAUUUUCUUCGAUAUACUCCUUAUGUGUGUACUUUUAACAAAAUUAAUUUUAUAUUUCUCUCUUUUUUACUGUUUGUGUUUAAUCAUAUGGUUUAGCAACAAUGUGUACUAUUAGAUCUGUCAGAAUUACCCAUGACCUACAAAUAACCCAUAGAUGAUAGAUCUUUCAUAUCUUAACUAACGGACCUCAGAGAAAGAAUCAACAUGAUCUUUGUAAAAUAAUCAUUUAAUAUAUUGACUCAUUGUUUGAAUGAGAUUCUUAAUUACUAUGGCUUUUAUGAAUGUUAAAUAAGAUGCAUAUACCAUAUUCACUAAAAAUCACUAGAUUAGCAGUUACAAGAACGUUUACAUUAAAAGUUUUUAACUUUUUCGUCCACUAAGAAGUCUAAACAAGAGAGUUACUGGACCAGACAAAAGUCAUUGAAGAAGUGGGGGCAUGAAGUGGCAUUUCUUAGAUAUUCUCAUUACUUUUUUGUUUCAAAGGGAUUAAAUGAGAGACAGUCACACUACUUUUUCUUUUAUGGGUUAACUUGUUUGGUUACUUUGCUGGUUAUAGUUGUCAAAAGACAGUGUUUGGUGAGAAACCUAAGUAACUCACUAUCUCUCUGUUAUCAUGUCUAAUGCAACAAAGAAACAAACCACACCCAAAGUUAAAGAAAGAAGAAAAAGACAAAACUAAAGUCUUGAGCUUUUAAAUGUUUUCUCAUUUCUUUUUUGACCCAUUUAAAGAUGGAAAGAUGAUAACUUUUCCUUUUAUUCUCCUCCCAUUCUGCAUCGGGAUCUUGCGGGGUCUCAUUGGAAUUAUAAAAAAUAAAAAAAAACACUGUAAAUAUUUCCUCAAAGUCGAUACCUUUUUCUCAUCGAAGUCACACACCACAAUUCUCACAAACCCUUAAAAAUUGAAUCCGAGAGAAGAAGAGAGUCUGGACCCUCAAAAGUCCCCACAUGGAUCCCAAGAACCCAAAUCGUCACCAAGUACCAAACUUUUUGAACCCACCACCAAGAAACCAGAGCUUAGGAGAUGCUUCCAAGGACGACAAUCAUCAUUCCAAACCGGCUGAGGUUAAGGAUUUUCAGAUCGUGGUCGCUUCCGACAAAGAACCGAACAAGAAGCCGCAGCAGCAGCAGAACCAGCUUGGUCCUAAGAGAAGCUCAAACAAAGACAGACACAUCAAAGUGGAAGGCAGGGGUCGGAGAAUCAGGAUGCCUGCUCUCUGCGCCGCUAGGAUCUUCCAGUUGACUAGAGAAUUGGGUCACAAAUCCGACGGCGAGACAAUCCAGUGGCUGCUUCAGCAGGCUGAGCCGUCGAUUAUCGCAGCCACCGGUUCAGGAACUAUACCGGCCUCUGCUUUAGCCUCAGCCGCUGCUGCUGUAUCGAGCCACCAUCUUCAGGGUGGUGGGUCUCUCACUGCUGGUUUGAUGAUCAGUCAUGAGUUGGAUGGUGGGUCUAGUAGUGGGAGACCAAAUUGGGGUGUUGGCGGGGGAGAUGGAGGGUCUAGGUCGAGUUUACCAACUGGGCUGUGGCCAAAUGUAGCUGGGUUUGGAGCUGGGGUGCAGACCAUGAGUGAUGGAGGUGGUUACAGGAUUGGGUUUCCUGGGUUUGAUUAUCCUGGUGGAGCUAUGAGUUUUGCGUCCAUUCUUGGUGGUGGUAGUAACAAUCAGAUGCCUGGACUUGAGUUAGGGUUGGCUCAGGAAGGGAAUGUUGGUGUCUUGAAUCCUCAGUCUUUUGCACAGAUUUAUCAGCAGCAGAUGAGUCAGGCUCAAGCUCAGGGUAGGGUUCUUCACCAUACUCUUCAGCAUAACCCAUCACAUGAGGAGCAUCAGCAAGAGAGUGGUGAGAAAGAUGAUUCUCAAGGGUCAGGGCGUUAAUUUAAGCUUUUUUUUAAAAACAUUUGAUUUUCUCUUGUGGAUUUGAAAAGCUUUUGGCUUUGUUUUUUGUUUUGUGAUAAUAUUGUUGUAAAACUAGCAUGGAGAAGAAAAGAAAAAGGUUCAUACUGAGUGAGAGUGAAAAUAUCUAUAUGCUUAUUGAAACCUCUGAUACUUUCAGAGGAUGAUGAUGAUGCAAGAGCUUUUUUGAA